GCAGUCGGCACCGUACUAGCAAUAUAGGAGUAUUAUAUAUAUGGAUGUGAGUUCGCGAGUACACGUGCUAUGACAGUUUUGAUUAUAGUUUUUGUGUAGUUUUUGGAAAAGUAAUACACGUCACCAAGGUACACGUAUCUAGAAACUAAUCGCGCACAUAAAUAAAAGUAAUUUAACCAAAAAAAAAAAAAAAACAGUUCUUUUGAUCUAAAGCAUAUAUAAAUACGUUAGAUGUGUAUGUUCGAGAUUCUUGUUCUAACAAAGAACUUUUUUGGAAAAAUCAAAAAUAAUAAAUAAACAAGAAACAUAUGAAAGAGAUCUUCACAUAUAUGAUGUCACAGAAAAUUAAAGAAACAUCUCUAAAUAUAAUAGCAUUAGAAUAUGGAAGUAGCGAUUCAGAUGUAGAAGAAAAAACAAAUACACUAGAAACAAAUAUACCAAAGGAUACAGAAAAUGUAGAAGCAAUUAAUAAAAUAUCUGUAGAACAGAAUUCUGUAAAGCAUGAUUUAAACUAUCGUAAUGUGGAAGAAAUAUCUUCUAGCGAAGUCAGUGAUAGUGAAGAUGAUAGUGAAGAUUCUGACAGUAGUAGUACAGAUACUUCUAGUAGCGAAAAUGAAUCAGAUGUUCCUCAUACUAAUAGCAACAAGAAAAAGGAAAACUUCAAAGAAAAAAAGCAUAAUAAUGAAUGUGACUAUCUUCCACCACUGGAAAAUUUAAAUUUAAGUGUUCCAGAAGUCUCAUGCGAGCUAUUAGGCAAGAUCCAGAAAAUAGUGGAAGAAGUUGUAGUUAUAGAGCCAUUGCCUGAUAAACCAAGGCUAGACAUCGAUACAAUUUUAUUCAUUAAUCAAGGUAGACAAUCUCUUGGUAGAAUAUUUGAUGUGUACGGCAAGGUGAGCGAACCGUACUAUUGCGUUCGUUUCAACAGCUCCGAACACACACAGAAAAGUGAUAUUGUAGACAAACCAGUUUAUUAUUGUCCAAAUAAAAAAGAGUAUACAUCUUUGAUUUUUCUACAUGAAUUGACCAAAAUAAAAGCAUGUGAUCCAGUUGGUGAUGAUGAGUCACCAGAUUUUUCGAGCGACGAAGAGGAAACGACUUAUUAUGCACAACUGUCAACCAAGAAAAACAAUAAUGGUCCAAAUGACAGGUCUUAUAAACGACGUAGAACAUCCGGUCCUGUCCAGAAUCGGGAAAACAACUUACAAGCAAAUCAUUUGCGAAAUCAAACAACUUCAAACAAUCAAAAUAUUACAUCUUUUAAUGUUUUGCCACGAUAUUCAUAUCAAAGUAACACAUGGUCAUAUAACAUGCGCCAUACGCAUUCUAAUCCCUACAUUUCAUUACCUAGACCUUUUUUCGCUCCUCCAAGAUUCAAUUAUCAUCCAAACUACCCGAUUUUUCAGUACAAUGUACGUCCGUAUAUGUGGCACAUGAACCCACAUGGAUUAAAUUCCCAAUCUCUUCUUCCUCCUCCACCUCCUCCACCACUACUUCCUCCAACACUUCCUCUUCCUCCUUGUCAUUCGACAAAUAAUUCGGGUAAAAAACCACAGUGAAGACUUCUUGAUAUGAAUUAUAAAAUAGCUCAAUUUGUAUGUACAUUAAAAUGAUACAAUGUGUUUUUACAUUAAAACACAAAAGUAAGAGUGAACAUAUGUAAAUAGUAUUCAUUUCAAAAUUUUACUCUUAGUAUAUAAUAAAAAUAUUUUAUAUGAAUAUACAGUGUUUAUAUUUCUUCACAUGAGUUUAUAAACACACAUCUCUUUAUAUCACAUAUUGUUUCCAAAACAUUGGUUUUUUCUAAAAUCAUAGAUUUCUAAUUAAUAUUAUUAAUUUUAUAUAAAUGUCUAAGCACAAAAAAUAACAAGAGUA